AUGGCGCACUCAGGGUUCUGGUUUGGAAGGGAUGUGGAGAUCCUGUUCAGUGGAUGGCCUGUAAAUUACGGCCACUUCCAUUUGUUCUUGGCUCUGCUUCUUGUGUUCAUGCUAUCUGCGUUAGCCCAGAUGUAUUCAAUGACUCCCAUGACCACGCCCAAGAUGGUUCCUAAGAGCAUCAUCCAACACGCCGCGCUCCAUGGCUUCCGCACUUUGAUCUCCUACUUGGUCCUCCUCUGUGUCAUUACCUUCAAUGUUGGAGUCAUAAUUACGGUACUCCUUGGACACGUCGCCGGCUACUUAGCUCUCACAUUGUACAUCAAGUACUACUACCCUGCUCCCGUUGCUUCUACUCCUGUAGAUGAUGUCAAAGCCUGA